UGCCUAGCCCUGUUCCUCCAAGUUCCCAGAAGUCCCAGGUCAGAGGGCUCAGGCAGCUUCUGGAACUCUUGUCUGCUGGGACCAUGGACUGGCAGCAGCUGUGGCUGGCCUUCUUACUUCCUGUGACAGUCUCAGGCCGGGCUCUGGGGCCUGCAGAGAAGGAGGCGGUGGUGGAUUACCUGUUGCAGUAUGGGUAUCUACAGAAACCUCUGGAAGGAGCUGAUGACUUCAGGCUAGAAGAUAUCACAGAGGCUCUAAGAACUUUCCAGGAAGCAUCUGAACUGCCUGUUUCCGGUCAGAUGGAUGAUGCCACAAGGGCCCGUAUGAAGCAGCCCCGUUGUGGUCUGGAGGAUCCUUUCAACCAGAAGACUCUGAAAUACCUGCUUCUGGGCCACUGGAGAAAGAAGCACUUGACAUUCCGCAUCUUGAACGUGCCCUCCACCCUCUCACCCUCCAGAGUCCGAGCAGCCCUGCAUCAAGCCUUUAAGUAUUGGAGCAAUGUAGCCCCCCUGACCUUCCGGGAGGUGAAAGCUGGUUGGGCUGAUAUCCGCCUCUCGUUCCAUGGCCGCCAAAGCCCAUACUGCUCCAACAGCUUUGAUGGGCCUGGGAAGGUCCUGGCCCAUGCUGACAUCCCAGAGCUUGGCAGUGUACACUUCGAUAAAGAUGAAUUCUGGACCGAGGGGACCUACCAGGGAGUGAACCUACGCAUCAUUGCGGCCCAUGAGGUGGGCCACGCCCUGGGACUUGGGCAUUCCCGAUAUACCCAGGCACUCAUGGCGCCUGUCUACGCUGGCUACCAGCCCUACUUCAGGCUGCAUCCGGAUGAUGUGGCAGGGAUCCAGGCGCUCUAUGGCAAGAGGAGGCCGGAGCCAGAAGAUGAGGAGGAAGAGAUUGAGAUGCACACUGUGUCAACAGUGACCACAAAACCCAGUCCCAUGCCAAACCCCUGCAGCAGUGAAGUGGAUGCCAUGAUGCUAGGGCCUCGGGGCAAGACCUAUGCUUUCAAGGGUGACUAUGUGUGGACUGUAACAGAUUCAGGGCCAGGGCCCUUGUUCCGAGUGUCUGCCCUUUGGGAGGGGCUGCCUGGAAACCUGGAUGCUGCUGUCUACUCUCCCCGGACACGGCGGACUCAUUUCUUCAAGGGAAACAAGGUGUGGCGGUAUGUGGAUUUCAAGUUGUCUCCUGGCUUUCCCAUGAAACUCAACAGAGUGGAACCCAACCUGGAUGCAGCUCUCUAUUGGCCUGUUAAUCAGAAGGUGUUCCUUUUUAAGGGCUCAGGAUACUGGCAAUGGGAUGAACUGACCAGAACUGACCUCAGUCGCUACCCCAAACCAAUCAAGGAACUUUUCACUGGAGUGCCAGACCAACCCUCGGCAGCUAUGAGCUGGCAAGAUGGCCAAGUCUACUUCUUCAAGGGCAAAGAGUACUGGCGCCUUAACCAGCAACUUCGAGUGGCAAAGGGCUAUCCCAGAAAUACGACACACUGGAUGCACUGUAGUCCUCGGACUCCAGACACUAACUCAUUAACUGGGGAUGUGACCACUCCUUCAACCGUGGACUCAGUCUUGGACGUUCCUUCUGCCACAGACGCUGCCUCCCUCUCAUCCUCAGCUAAUGUCACCUUGCUAGGGGCCUGAGAACUAGUCAGUGUCUGCUCAUUAGGGUUGUGCAGAUGGGCACUUGACCUAGUGCCCCUAGAUACUCCAAUUCUGGAUGCCACAUUCCAGUGUUCCUAGAAGGUGACUGCUUAAUUCUGAGUCAUUCCCCAGUCCCCAUUUCUUCUUGUCAUAUGGCUGUUUCAAGUGUGACAUCUAUUUUCUGGUGGAGGGAAAUUGUUGAUCAGGACACCCCCCCUCCCCACAGGGUCUCUCUACAUAGCACUGGCUAUGGUUAUCGGCUAUCCUGAAACUAUGUAUAUGUAGACUAGGCUAACUUGAACUCACAGAAACCAACCUGCCUCUGUCCUGAGUGCUGGGAUUAAAAGCGUGUGCUACCA